AUGUAUGUCGAAACCGAGCAUUUUCUUGGACGUGGUCGAUACAAUGUGGUGUAUAAGAUUCCGCACACAGUAAAAGAAGUAUUUCUUCCCGAUGGAUUGAUUGGAAAACUUGAAUGUUCAUUUCAAAAAAGAAAUCAAAUAGAUUACACAAAUGCUGCCCGACUUUCUCUAGAAAAAGAAAGCGAACUUCUGAAAGUCAUCGAUCAUGCGAAUAUUGUUAAAUGUUUUGGAUGGAUGACAAUCUCUUUCGAUGAGCACAACAUCCCAAAGACUGUGAUGUUGCUACAAAAAUGUCGACGAGAAACUUUAAACGACGUGGUAAUGAGCGAUAAUUAUGCUUAUCCCAAGCCCACUGUUGUAGUUUGGUGUGCUGCUCAACUGAUUCAAGUGCUCAUUUACUUGAGAGCAAACAAAAUCGUUCACAAGGAUAUAACUUUGAAAAACAUUCUGAUCUCAGAAGAAACUAUGGUUGAAAAUCGAUUCAUUUUGAAGCUGAAACUUUGUGAUUUUGAAGAUGCUCUAGUUCACAAUGAAACACCAGAAGCAUUCGCAGACGUUAGAAACGGAAUCCAUAACUCCCCAGAAAUCUGGACCAAUGUGAUGGUGGGCGAUUUUCUUCGCAUCGGGAAAGUUCUCUGGUCAGCGUAUUACAGGAGAGAGUUCCCUAACAGUCGUCCCAGGCAACCAUCAGUAGAACCCCGGUUGCAAGAGGGUUUACAACAAGAGGGUUUACAACAAGAGGGUCUACAACAAGAGGGUUUACAACAAGAGGGUUUUGUCCGAAAGAUGAUUUAUUACACAGAUCGAAAAUAUGAGGACGAUUUGGAAACUAUGUUGAAAAGUAUUUCUGAAAUUGGAGACACCUUGGAUAAAAUAGUUAAGACGUACAGCAUCGAGGAAAGAUCUGUAACCAUCUUGGACAAUUUGCUCAAUCAAAUCCAUGAUGAACUCAAU